CGUGCGCUUUGGUCAGCAGAUACGUAUGGAAUAAGUGUAUUUUGCCCUUACUGUUACUUUGUGCUGUGGAGUUGUCCGUGUAAGCAGUGAAAGUUUUGUGUUCAACAUGAUUUUUCAGUGUCAUGUGUGCGAUAAGGUCUAUCCUAAAAAAGGAAAUUUGAAUAGACACCUGUUAGAGGUUCAUGGACUGCAAAUAGAGCAGAAAAAAUUGUUUGUUUGCGCCCUGUGUAAUGAAAGAAGUACUUCUGAAAAGUGCCUGUUUGAACAUUUACAGUCGGCACAUGAAGUAGAUGUGAAAUGUGAAAUCUUACAUUUUAGCACCGCUGAUGAAUUUCAGAAGUGGAAGGAGGAAACUGAGCAGACAACGCUCUCAAAGUUCGUCAAACGUCGUGGUUCCCAUGCUAAGGUUGAUUCAGAAGUUGUUUCUUAUAUUUGUCACCGGUCUGGUAAGUUUGUGUCUAGAGGAAAAAACGUGCGAUGUCUUAAAUUGCAAGGUAGUAGUAAGAUUGAUGCAAUGUGCCCUGCUAAGAUGAGAGUAGAUAUGAAAAAGAAUGGAACCUGCUGUGUGAAAUAUGUUUCAACCCAUGUUGGCCACAAAUCCGAGUUAUGUCAUCUGCAACUAACAAAAAGGGAAAGAGAAUGUAUUGCUGCAGAUAUAGCAAGUGGCAUACCAUUCUCUGUCAUAUUAGACAAAAUUCGAGAUACAGUUGUAGAUUCGAACUUGGAAAGGAUACAUUUGAUUACGAGACAGGAUCUACAUAAUAUUGAUCAGUCUUAUAAUUUGUCCUUCAAGUCAAUAAGACACCAUAAUGAUGCAAUAAGUGUAGAAGCAUGGGUAAAUGAAGUAAAUGGUGGAGACAGUCCUUGUGUGCUUUUCUAUAAACCACAGGAUGUAGUCCUUGAUUCGUACCCACAAUUAAAGCGCUCUGAUUUUGCAUUGAUAAUUAUGAACAAUGCUCAAGGCGAGAUAUUAAAGAAAUAUGGGAACGACUGCGUUUGUGUUGAUGGGACACAUGGUCUUAAUGGAUAUAAUUUUGAACUUAUAACUCUACUAGUGCUAGACGAUCUGAGACAAGGGUUUCCAUGCGCGUUUCUAAUAUCUAACAGGAAUGACUCCCAGAUGCUGUCCAUAUUUUUCCAGCACAUAAAGAGGCAGGUUGGAUCAAUUUCGCCAAAUGUUUUUAUGUCGGAUUUGGCAGAGUCUUUAUUGCGUGGAAUGAUGUCAUGGUAG